UGCACAGACAGGACGAAUGCGCGCGCGGUCGCCGUACCAACGGGACCUCACGCCGACGAGCAAGCGCAUUCAUGAGCUCAUGGACGAAGAAGACGCGCGGUAUACCAAGGCGACGCCGCCCGCCGAGCCGCCGAUGCGCGGCUACCACGUGCCCAUGCUGCGGAGCAUUUCGGUGCGAGAAAAGUACGCGCGGGCGGCGCUCGACCGUCUCGCCAAGAGCCUCCCGACGACAACCAACGUGCACGACGACCUAGUGUACAACCAAGUCCAUGAAAUUCUCCACCCCAAGUCGGCGGCGCCGGCCAAAAAGAAGUUUGACAAACGCUGGUAUCACUUUUACAACCGGCAAGUCUACUCCAUCGGCCAAGACGUGGUUCCAAGCAGCGCCGAGCCCGCGCCGCUGCUGCGUCAAGUCUCGUCGAGGCCACCUCGCGUGGUGCUCGACACCGUGUCCGACACGCACUCAAUACUGAGCAGCGACGACCAGAGCGACGCUCCGAACAGCGAUCUAUCAACGGCCGCCGAGGAGACUGAAGCGUCCGCACCCGACAUGACAACUUGUCCGCGCAACGUCUACCACGCCUGUUUCGACGUCGAUUGGCCCGUCUCGGGCGUCGACAAGGUCGUGAAGGACGCUGUCGAGCGGCAGCGCAUUGGCGCGCUGCUGCGAAGUCAUGCUCGCAUUCUCUACCAUCUCUUUCGAUACCACGCAAGCCUACAAGGCGGGAGCGAUCGGGAGCCGUUCAAGCUCGCGGCAAAAGCCAAGAUUCUCGAAGACUUGAGCGUGCCACUACCGGAGCCGGCGCGGCACGGCAUCAACGACCAGCCAACGAGCCGGCCGGGCUUCUUGCUCUUCCUCGUGCAAGUCGCACUGGGUUACUUCAAGAGAGACGAAGUCGCGGGGCUCGUCAAGCGAUUGGCGAAGGAAGGUCUCGAAGACUCGACGAGCGUCUACUACCUUCUCCACGACUUUAUCUUGCCGUUCGCGUCGAUUGACGACCCGGCCCAUUUUUACAAGCUCUUUUUCAAGCACGAGAGUGCGCAGCAAGUGUUUGCCGUGCACCAGAUCGGCCUUGAAAUGGUGUUCUUGCAGCACGCAACGCAAGUGACGCACGACGCGACAACGUCCAAAUCGCCAAGUCCGACGCCUCAGUCCUCGCAGCCGUUCAUGAAGUUCCAGAGCUACCUCGGCUUUCUGAACCACUUCAAGAUUAUUGACACCAAGCUCUCGGAAACACAAGCCAGCGUCAUUUUUUGCUCGUGCCUUCCCGUGUGGCCCGACGACCGUGCUGUCGUGUCACAGUGCCUCGAUUACGCCAGCUUCACCCUUGCUUUGACCAAGAUCGCAUUUGCCAAGCACGAAAAAACCAUCUGCGGUGGCGAAGCAGACGUAUGUCCGUCCCGGCCGGCGUCCGAGCGCUGCAAGUGCGUCUUUGCCGCCGUCCAGGACAAGUACAACAUGCUCGCAUUUCUCGAGCCGCUCGGCGUCCUGAUUGGAAAGAUCACGUCUCCCGGCUCCCGGCGCGCCGUGCGACGACGGUCCAUGCUUGACACGGACAGCACCAAAGCCUAGUCGUUGCAAACUGCCCAACCCGGGCUUAUUUUUUUGUCUCGUGCCCCAUCUUGCUGCA